UCGCGGCCCAUGACGUGCUAUAACUGUCAGGAAACGGGUCACGGGAGCAGAGACUGCACUAAACCCAAAGUGAGUCGUCCCCGACAGCAGACCAAUGGCGGCGGCGGCGGCACUGAUGAGUGGGGAACAAGCGAUUCCGUCAAAGCGACCACUAAUGGCGCCACCGAUGACUUCGAUUGGGGCGGAACGGGAGGCGAUUCCGGACGGCAAACCCCUUCCGCCGCCUUAUCGGCCGAAACAAGUGGACGAAGACUCUGUUCUAACCAUUCAAAGCGUAACAACCAAUCGGCGACCGCUCGACGAAACUCAUUGACAUCGACCGCAACGGCUAAUGGGUUGACGUGUUUAAUACAAAGCAAAGACAUUAAGACAUUGAAUAAAUUAGGCGACGGAUCGUUUGGGACUCAUUAA